AUGGCACUCAAGAUCAAAGAAGAGGUUAAGAAGCAGCUUGACGUUGACUUUUUGGCCAUUUCUGAGUAUCCCGAGUGGGUUGCUAACAUCGUUCCAGUUUCGAAGAAAGCUGCGAUAAAAGGGAGUGUCUUGUCUGACUACCUUGCUCACCUACCUGUCGAAGGUUAUCAACCGUUGAGGUUUGAAUUUUUGGACGAAGACAUUAUGUUUAUCAGAGACUUCACUAUGUCGGGCUUUGAAGCAGGCCCUGAGGAAGGUCCCGAACCAAGACCGCGAUGGACGCUCGUGUUCGACGGUGCUUCCAAUGCUCGAGGCCAUGGCAUAGGUGUUGUUAUCACUUCUCCAACCGGUCUCCACCUUCCAUUUACCUCUAGAUUAUGCUUUGACAACACCAACAAUAUGGCAGAAUAUGAAGCAUGUAUCUACGGUUUGGAGGCGUCCAUCGACUUAAGGAUCAAGAUUCUUGAGGUAUACGGUGAUUCAGCUCUGGUAAUCAGUCAGGUAAAGGGUGAUUGGGAGACUCGGGAUAGCAAGUUGAUACCUUUUAAGGAGCAUAUCAGAAAACUGGUACCCUACUUUGAUGAAAUCUCUUUUCACCAUAUUUCUAGGGAAGAAAAUCAGUUAGCAGAUGCACUAGCCACGUUGGCAUCUAUGUUCAGAGUCAAAUGGAAGAAUGAAGCACCAGUUAUCCAUAUUGACCACUUAGAUGAACCAACACAUUGUCUAGCAAUUGAGGUCGAUCCUGAUGAUAAGUCAUGGUUCUAUGACAUAAAGACAUUUCUGGAAAAAUGGCAAUAUCCCGAGGGUAUAUCCAUUACUGAUAAGAAGGCUUUGAGAAGACUCUCUUCCAAGUUCUUCCUAAACGAUGAUGUGUUAUACAAGUAA